CGUCACACGCAGCGUCAGAUUCAUUUCAAACUGGUCGGCGGUUAAUAGAAAACAAGCUCUAGCAACGAGUUUGACUGAAUUUAUACACAAACUUACCGAAUAUAAACUCAAUUCAAGAUGUCUAAGACGCUGAAGGGAAUCACUCUGAAGGGGAGUGCGGAACUUGUUGCCGAAUUUUUCUCGUUCGGCAUCAACAGUAUUCUCUACCAGCGAGGGAUUUAUCCAGCAGAAACCUUCACCAGAGUCACACAAUACGACAUGAGUCUCCAUCUCACCACCGACUCCAAGCUGAAGAACUACCUCACCAACGUCAUCACACAACUCAAAGAGUGGCUGUUCGACUGCACCGUUCAGAAGCUGGUGGUCGUGAUCACGUGUCUGGAGACCAACGAGGUCCUGGAGCGAUGGCAGUUCGACAUCGAGUGUGACAAGACGGCCAAGGAGAGCGGAGCUCCCCGGGAGAAGUCCAUGAAGGCGAUCCAGGAGGAGAUCCGCUCGGUCAUCCGGCAGGUCACCGCCACCGUCACCUUCCUGCCGCUGCUGGAGACGGCCUGCGCGUUCGACCUGCUGAUCUACACGGAUAAAGACCUGCAGGUGCCGGAGCAGUGGGAGGAGUCAGGCCCGCAGCUCAUCGACCAAUCAGAGGAGGUGCGCCUGCGCUCCUUCACCACCUCCAUUCACAAGGUCAACAGUAUGGUGGCCUACAAAAGGACAAACUCCGUGUGAUAGCGCCGGCGCUCGCUGUGUCUUCAGUCCUGUGUAUAUAUCUAUAUAAAGCUUAUUUCUUAUUUUGUUGUUUUAAAGACUGUAUUUCCUAAUACAGAAAAUAAAUUUCUUGUUUCC